GUCGCACCUCUGAAAAAUUUCCCUCCCCUCUCUGCUCCUGGAACCUUUGUUUUCCCACUCCGGGAGCCGGCCGGCGGGUAUCUGAGGCCCGACGCCAGAAGCGGACGCCAGGGAGGGACGGAGAGGCGGCCGAGGGCGUGGGCCCGUGUCGCGCGCGCGCGAGAGGAGCUGGUUGUGCCAUGUGAAGGGCAAAAUCAGGGCCACAAAUCUUCUAACAAGGAAGGCAGCUUGCAGAAGACUGCCUAUGUACAGGUCUACACGGCAUAUGAUUUUUCCUCCUAAAAGUGGAUAAGCUGCAUCCCCAAAAUUUUGUAAUUGCAAUGGCUGCUACUGUGAACUUGGAACUCGAUCCCAUUUUUUUGAAAGCACUGGGCUUCUUACAUUCAAAGAGCAAAGAUUCUGCUGAAAAGCUAAAAGCUCUGUUGGAUGAAUCUUUGGCAAGAGGCAUUGAUUCAAGUUACCGUCCAUCACAGAAGGAAGUGGAACCUCCCAAAGUAUCAAGUGCUAAAGCAAUUUCCAUUAAACAGGAGCCCAAAACUGCUUCCAGUCUUCCUUCUGGUAAUAAUAAUGGCAAGCCUGCCACAACCGAAAAGGUGAAGAAAGAAGUUGAAAAGAGGCCUGCUGAUAAAAUGAAGGCUGAUACCAGUGAGGGAAGUGAUGUUCCAAAGAAACCCAGAUUAGAGAAACAAGAGUCUCGUUCUUCUCCCAUCACAGUCCAAACCAGCAAGGACUUGGCUAUGCCUGAUCUCUCCAGUUUUGAUGAGACCAGUGCUGAUGACUUUGCCAUGGAAAUGGGAUUGGCUUGCGUUGUUUGUAGGCAAAUGACAGUAGCAUCUGGCAAUCAGUUAGUAGAAUGUCAAGAAUGCCAUAAUCUCUAUCACCAGGAUUGCCAUAAACCCCAGGUGACUGACAAGGAAGUGAAUGACCCACGUCUUGUAUGGUAUUGUGCUCGAUGCACACGGCAAAUGAAGAGAAUGGCUCAGAAGACACAGAAACCAGCCCAGAAACCAGCCCCUGCAGUUGUUUCAGUAGCUCCAGCUGUUAAAGAUCCAUUGGUUAAAAAACCUGAAACUAAACUGAAACAAGAAACAACUUUUCUAGCAUUCAAGAGAACAGAAGUUAAGCCAUCCACAGUGGUUUCAGGAAACUCUUCCAAUUCUAGUGUUUCCUCCUCUGCACCCAGUGGCCUAACAGGAUGGGCAGCUUUUGCAGCCAAAACCUCUUCUGCUGGACCGUCAACAGCCAAGCUUAGCUCAACAACACAGAACACUGGCGGGAAACCUGCCACCUCCUCAGCCAGCCAGAAAGCAGUGGGUUUGACUGGACUGGCCACCACGUCUAAGGCUGCCAUAGGUUCUAAAAUAGCUUCUCCUACCAGCAGUACCACUCCUGUAUCAUUGAAACCUCUGCCUCCUCUAACUUUAGGCAAAACUGGCCUCAGUCGUUCGGUGAGUAGUGACAAUGUGAGCAAAGUUGGCCUUCCCAGCCCGAGUAGCUUAGUGCCAGGAGGAAACAGCCAACUCAGCAGUGGAAAUGGGAGUAGUGGAACAGCUGGAGCAAGUGGAAGCACCACUAAAACCAGCUCAGAUACUAGUAGCAACCCAUCGUCAUCCUCACUCAAGGGCCCAACUUCCCAGGAGUCACAGCUUAAUGCAAUGAAGCGGUUACAGAUGGUCAAGAAGAAAGCUGCUCAAAAGAAACUUAAGAAAUAGCUCAGCUACAUUUGCUUUUAUUUUACCUACAUCGAUGACAAAUAACAAAUUUAAUGUAUUGUUUAAUAAAAAAUUAUAUGACCAAGCUAUCCAGUUGUUUCUUUUCAGAAAAUGACAAAACUGUGAACCUAUUUGAGUUUUAUAUUAACUUUUCAUAUAUUUUUAUUUUGUUAAAAUCUGUGAUUUCAAAAUUGUCUAGAACUUUUAAUAAAAAUUUCAUGAUUUUCAGGGAUUCUAGGGUAGCUUAUAUAAAUUCAGUGGCAAAAUUUAAAAAAAAAAAAAGAUUUAAGGACAAAGAACUACAUUCAUCUUCCUAAAAACCCCACAAACUGAUUCUUGAUAGCCAGAUCACAAAGACUAGCCAAUGUGCUGGUGAACUUUCCUGUUUUUCUCCUUUUUCUGUCAUCUUCCUCGCGGAUUUGUCAUGAGAGAGUGAGGAGGAAAGACCUUUGCAGAGUACUUUGGCGAACUGUCGUGUCUUCUGCAUGUCUAACGUGUACAUUGUUACCAAGUUCUUGAAGUGAGUAAGAAACUAUUAGUCCGAAAUAGAUGAUCUGUUUCUCAUGGUUAUUGUGAUAAAAUAAGAUGGCUUAAAUUUUGAAUCUUAUUCACAGGAUAACAUAUUUAGAGCUGGAAAGGACCCUAAAGGCCAACUUCUUCAUUUUACAGAUGAGGAAACUGAGCCUCAGAGAGUUUAAAUGACUUGCCCUGAAUCAGUCACACAGCUGUCAAGGGUUAGAAACAGAAUUUGGACCUAGAUCAUCCUGGUUCCAAGUCAAGCCUCCCUUAUAACAUGCUUCUAGCUAAAACUCCUUUACCUUCUGUUCUUGAGACUCUCAGAGGAUAUCUAAGUAUAGAUGUAUAGAUAGAUAUAAAUAGGUAUAUAAUUUUUUAUUAUAAAAGGUUUAAUUUGGUCAUUCAGGGAUACUCCAUUCUGUUUUGCAAAUGGAUUAUCUGUCUUUCAAAAACUAGAAAACUGAAUAAUUCUUAUGGACUGUGAAUUACUUGGCAGAUGUGGCGAGGUGUAAUAUAAGGGAUACUAGACAUGCACUCAGACUCAAAUCCCAGCUCUGCUCUUUCCUACUUGGGGCACCUUGAAAAAAAUCACUUCUACUUGAUCAAUGUAAUUUUCCUGGCAUGUAAAAUGAUGGAGUUGGAUUAGAUAAAGGUGAUACCCGUUUCAGGUCUAAAUCUCUAUAAAGAAGGAAGUAGAUUCCAGCAUCUUUAGACCUUCUAGCCUCCACUCUUGACUCCCUGGUUUACUUAUUUUAUUUCUUUAUUUUUGUAGAUCCCUUGUUUUAUAUUACAUUCAUUUUCUCUCCUUUCCCCUGUGAGCUUUUAACAGAUUUUAAAAGAAAACAGAGAAGGGAGCAUAGAUGUAGUUCAACCUCAUCUCUGUUACAGAGGAUGGGAGGUGCAUCUUUUCAACUCUCCUCCAAGACCAAGCUUGAUGAUUAUACCUACAAGGCAUUCAAGUUCUUUUUUUCCAUGCCCAUUCACAUUUGUCAUUAUUACUGUACAGUAACAUUCUCUUAUAAUAAAAAUUUGCAUUUAGGUAGCAUUUGAAGGUUUGCAGAGUGCUUUACAGAUGUUAUCUGAACUGAUCCUUACAACAACCCCUUGAAGUAGGUGCUGUUAUUUCCAUUACUGGUAGAGAAACAGGUACCAAAGCUUAGUGACUUGCCCAGGGUCACACAGCUAGUAAACAUCUGAUAGGAUUUGAACUCAGGUCCUCCUUACAAGUCCAGCCCUUUAUCUACCACACCAACCGAGCUACCCCUUAUGUACUUAUUUAUGUAUUUAGCCAUACCUCAGUCAAUGGACACUUUAUUUCCAGUUUUUUUGUUUUUUAUUUUUAAUUAAUUUAUUUUUUUAAACUUCCAAAUGUCUGUCAGUUGGAGUUUGGAUCCAGAGAUGGAUAUUUUAGUCACCCUUUAAAAAAAGAAGCAUAAUUGAAAUUGAUCUCCAGAUUAUUUGGGUAAAUCCACAGCUGCACCAAGCAUGCAUUAUCUCUUCUCAAACUUUUGACAAAGAUCAGAUGUGCCUUGUCCUCCCACCGCUCCAUCUUUUCUCAUUUUUGCCAAUUUCCUAAGUGUGAGGUGAAACCUCACACUUAUUUUGAUUUGCAUGACUUGUUGAUUUGGAACAAUUUUUCAUAAGGUUGUUAAUGGUUUGUAACUCUUGAAAACUGUUAGUCAUGACCUUUGACCACUUAUGCACUGGGGAAUGGUUCUUUAUUUUAAAUACAUUUCAUGCAAAAAUUGUUUCCACUGUCAUUGGUUUCCUACUUAGCUACAUUGAUCUUGUUUGUGCAAAAGCUUUUUUUUGUUUGUUUUAUAUGAUUGAAAUUACAAUUUUAUCUUGUGUGACCAUACAUGUUUUGUGGAAUUUACCUAAUUUUGUUUUUUCUAAUUUUUUUUUGUUUGUAGUAUGACCUUUCAAAUUCAGGCCGCAUAUACAUUUUGAAUUGCUUAAUAGCAUAUAAGGAAAAAUAAUGGUCAACCCACUUCCUUCUCAACUGCUUUCCAUUUUCCCAACCCUGACUUUCUGAGAUCAAUACUCAACAUAAUGGUAGCCCUUUGAGAGCAAGGAUGGUUUCAUUUUUUACUUUCUUUCCACAAUGCCUGGUUCAUAGUAUGUGACUAAUUGAUGUUUAUUGAUUUAUAUGCUUGAAUAUAAUUUCAAAAAUAAUAAUUAAAUUUAACGAUUAAAUUUAUUUUAUUAAUAAAAUUUAUUAAAUUUAAACAUUCACAAAUACUAAUAGGCAAAUAAUCAAAAUAGUUAUUUAUAAAGCUCUGUUUUUGUUUUUUAAUGGUUGUA